UAGCAUUUGAAGAAAGGUAGUGAAGACAACAUCUAGUUAUCGGCUUGUGAGAAAGUGGCAUUGAAUCUUGUUUGUAUCGUCGAAAUGAGCAUUUCAGUUAGCUGUUUUUGCUAUAGUCACAUUAAGCACGAAUUUAAGUUCUUAAGCAUGGUUCGCGACAUCUGAAGUGCAACUGUAAUAUUGGUAUGGCACAGAACCGGACUGAACUUCCACAAAUACGACCAUCUAAGAUAUCUCUAGUUUCUUAUCCUCAUCAGUCUGUGGAAUAUAUAAAAGAGAUACCGAAAUGUGACCGACAGAGCUUAGUUGAGUGGAGACUAGGCGUCCAAGAAUCGAUAACAGUCGGUAUCCUUGAAAAAAUUUCGCUUUUGAAGGCUGAUAUGAUAGAACAUCUUAAGAAGUCAAAUUUUCUUGAACAUGAACAGAAGUCACAGAAAGACCUACUAAUUAAUGAAAUCAAAACGUUACUUCAAAGCAUCGAGAAGAUUGAUCAAGAAGUUCGGAAUUUUGAAGAAAAUGUACGAGAUAAAUGGUCUACAGUAAAAGAUGCAGCUAUAAACUUAAAAAAUUUAGAAAACCAUCACCUGACAAGCCUGACGGAUGUAAGAGGUCGCAUAACUCGUUGUGAUCAAGCAAUAACAACUUUAUCUCAAAGAAUUAAUCAAACAACUGAUGAAGUCCGCCAACUGGUAGAUAUUCAUAAACAGGAUGCAAGUGAAAUGAAUAGUCAUAUUAAGUUACAUGAACACAAGUUCGCUGAAAUCUGUAAUCAAAUCGACCGAGAUAAUACUAACUUUAAUUCAGCUGUUCAGCGUGUUGAGGAAACAUUGUACAAGCAGAUAGCAGAUGUUGAAAGACGAAUUCAACAAAAGAUUGGUGAACUUCAGCAUGAAAUACAAGCAGCUAUUCAGCAUUGCCUAGAUGAAAGAAGAUGUUUAGAAUCACGUUUAGUUGAGAAUAUGCAUACAAUCACAGGAAAGCUUGAAAAUCGUAUUGCAACCGCUGAAGAGAAAGCAAGUGAAAUAAAGAUUGAUGAAGAAUUAUAUGAAAGAGUUGAAAAUGUUGAAACUAACUCAUCAAAUUUUAAGCAACAAAUCUUAAAAACAUUUAAGGAAAUAGAAGUACGUAUGAAUAAAUUAUCAGAUGAUUUGUAUGAUCAUCAUCGUCAAAGCAUAGAAGGAGUUCGUGAAGAAAUGCGUGAAGGUUUUCAAACAAUGCAUGAAACAGUGACUAGUGCAAAAUCUGUUUUAGAAAAUAAAUUACGUAUAGCUGAAGAAACUUUACACAUGGAAUUAAGUCAGUUACGUAAAUUAAUUGUUUUAGUAUGAAAUGAAGUUCAAAAUGAAGAAUUAGAGUAUACAAGAAACAACUAUAUGAGACCUCCCUACACACCACAGAUAGUUGAGUGAAGAAAUUCCUACUGAAUUAAAAAAAUGAGGAGACAAAAAAAAGAUCUUCAAUAAAUGAUUUUUUAUUUUAAACUCAUUUCACGUAAACGUUCAUAUCAUAUUUCUGUAUACUGUGUUCUCUCUAAUAUUACUGACAUUCUUCCCCUUUGAAGAGUGGAUACAUACGUGGUUCAUUUUUGUUAUCUAAUCUUGUAAUAUCAUUUGCUAUGAAGUAAAUACUUAUCAAUGUAUUGAUAUUCUUGAUGUAUACUUUAAACUGUUACGUUACUAGUAUUCAAUUUGGACCGAGGAAGGAGAAUUAAUGUAAUAAACGUUUUAAAUGU